AUGGCUCGCGCAGGACAUUCAGGCACAGUUGUGGGCUCAGCGGUAGUAGUACGGGAGAAGUACUACUGGCCCGACCUACAGCUGAACAUCUGGACGAUUGUCAUGCUUGCAACAGCCGGAACAAUAUUGGGAGUGAAUGCGCAGUUUAUGGCGAUACAAGAUCGGAUGGGACUGGGGACGCCAUGGAUAAUGCCCUACGGCGUCACAGUUGGCACUCUGGCCAUAAUCUUCAUCAUUAUCGAGAUCGUCUUCAUCGCGCAACGGAAACUCCUCCCAGGCACUAUGAUGCUCCUCUCCUUCAUCCUCCUCGUCCUUUUCAUCGCCGGAAUCAUCGGAACCGCGAUACAACUUUUCGCCGGACCCAACAUCAACAACCAGUGCAAUACAUACGUCUUCAACAACGACGUGGAUGGGCCGAACAUGGAUACAUUGGCAUUCCUGCAGCAGAGGAAUAUCUGCCAAUGCUGGCAAGCCGAGUUCGCUUUCUGGAUCAUCGGAAGCAUAUUCCUCGUGUGGAUGAUGGUCAUGGCGAGCCAAGUCAACUCAAACACAUAUGCCAGGUAA